AUGGGUUUAUUAUCGCUUUCUCUCAUGCCUUUGCUUUUCUUACUUUCACAGUUGCUUCUCAUACCCGCUCAUAAUUCUUCUCCUUUUAUCCAACCCCUGUGCCAUCCUGAUGACAGCUCUGCCUUGUUGCAAUUCAAAAAAAGCUUUCUCGUCAUCGUGUCUUCACCUUCUAUUCCUUGGAUAGACGAGUCUGAUUGUGAAAAGGUUGGGUCUUGGACACUAGAAGGAGACAAAGGUGACUGCUGCUCAUGGGAUGGGGUGGAGUGCGAUGAGGACUCGGGUUAUGUAAUUGGCCUUGAUCUCCGUAGCAGCUGUCUAUAUGGUUCGAUUAACUCCAACACUAGCCUUUUCCGCCUUGUUCACCUCCAAAGGCUUGACCUUUCCUACAAUCACUUUAACUACUCUCCUAUCCCACCUCAGGUAGGCAAUCUUUCAAGGCUAACGUAUCUCAAUCUCAAUGCAUCAAUGUUUUCAGGUCAAAUCCCGUUCGAAAUUUCACACUUGUCCCACUUGACAUCCCUUCAUCUUAAUUACUGUGAAUUGCAUGGGGAAUUUCCAAUGGGAAUCUUUAAGCUACCAAAUUUACGACUUCUUGAUGUGGGUUACAAUGAGGGGCUCAAUGGUUAUUUACCAGACUUUACAUGGAGCAAUUCACUUGAGACAUUGGUGCUUACAGCCACGAGUUUCUCUGGUGAGCUACCCCCUUCAAUUGGUAGCCUAAGCUACUUGAAUGCACUGGAUGUUUCUGGUUGCAACUUCUCAGGGUCCAUUCCAUCUUCACUUGGUAAUCUCACAAAUCUCACUGUCCUUAGGCUUUCAUCUAACACUUUCAAAGGUGAGGUCCCAUCUUCAAUUGGAAACCUCAACCGACUCUCUUUUCUAGACCUUUCCCAAAAUCAAUUGACAGGUCCAAUUCUUUUUCACCUUGUAAACCUGAUGCAACUGAAAGUCCUUUAUCUACACUCAAAUGAUUUUACUAAUGAAAUACCUGUUGCGAUUUUGAACCUCACAAAAUUAUCUGUCUUGGCUCUUGGGGACAACAAGCUUCAAGGUCGUAUCCCAAAUUCAAUCUUUAACCUCACGAAUCUUCAAUAUCUUGGUCUUGUUAUGAACUACUUCAGUGGGACUGUGGAGUUUGACAAGUUUGUUCAGCUGAAACAUUUAAUUGUGUUAUAUCUACCUUAUAAUCAAUUAUCGUUACUCUUCAAAGAGCCCAAUGCCAAUGCUACUUUUCCAAAGUUUCAACGUUUAUGGUUGUCUUCGUGCAAUUUAAGCAAGUUUCCAGAUUUCCUAAGAAACCAAGAUGAGUUGGAGCUUUUAAAUCUGUCCGAGAACAACCUGCGUGGCACAGUCCCAGAAUGGAUGUUGAACGUAGGCAAAGCGAGUCUAAAAGCAAUUUCCCUUGCUAACAACUUCCUCACCGGCUUUGGUCAACAUCCAAUUCUUCUCUCGUGGACUCGUUUGACCUAUUUAGACCUCAGCUCUAAUUUGCUCCAAGGAUCUCUUCCUAUCCCAGCAGCCUCGAAUUUGAAAUAUUAUAUUAUUUCAAAUAAUUCAUUGACUGGAAAUGUUCCAGAAUUGUUUUGGAAUCUGAGUUCUCUUCAAGUUCUUGAUUUGGCUAGUAAUAACUUAAGUGGUUCACUUCCUCGAUGUUCGGACAACUUUGGUGCUUCUCUAUCAAUACUCGAUCUGCAAAUGAACAAAUUUCAAGGAAGCAUUUUAAAGAAUUGGGUAAAAGGAAGUCAAUUGAAGAUAAUAAUUUUCAGUCAAAACCAAUUUCGAGGACGAUUACCAAGGUCGCUGGUGAAGUGUACGAUGUUGAAGGUCCUGGAUCUCGGAAAUAACCAAUUCAAUGAUAGGUUUCCUUCUUGGUUGAAGAAUCUUCCAAAUUUAAAGGUUCUCAUUUUGCGGUCAAACAAAUUCAACGGCCCAAUAGAGAUUUCUAAGAGCAAAUAUAUGUUCCCAAACUUGCGAAUCAUUGACCUCUCCUACAACAAUUUUUUUGGAAAGCUACCUCUAGAACUUUUCGGCAAUUGGAAGGUUAGAAAAUCUGAGACUGUAGAUCAGUUGUCAUAUAUUCAAGUGUAUCCAAUAAUAUUCUUGAAAACUCUUGGUCCUUACCAAUUCAGUUAUGGUUUUGAUUACUCCAUGACAAUGACAAACAAAGGCCAGAAUAUGUUCUAUGAGAAAGUCCAAGAAUUAUUCACAGCUGUUGAUAUGUCAAGCAAUAGAUUUUUUGGAGAAAUUCCGAGUUCCAUUGAAAAUUUAAGGGGUUGUCAUAUGCUCAAUCUUUCCAAUAACAUUCUUACCGGUCACAUUCCACCAUCUUUAGGGAACCUUGUAGAGCUCGAAACACUAGACCUUUCUCAUAACAAGUUGUUAGGAGAAAUUCCAUCAGAGCUAACACAACUUACUUUCUUGGAAGUUUUCAGUGUUUCUCAUAAUAAUCUAGUGGGAUCUAUACCACAAGGGAAACAAUUUGGUACAUUUGAAGUUGGUUCAUUUGAAGGGAAUUCAGGAUUGUGUGGGAAACCAUUGACAAAGAAAUGUGACAAUUUUGAUGAAUUGCCUUAUCCAUCAUCUUCAAUCUCUGAAGGAAGUAAAGACUCUGAAUCUCCAUUUAAAUUUGGUUGGAAAAUAGUUGUGAUUGGGUAUGCAUUUGGACUAGUUCUUGGAGUGGUAAUUGGGUGUAUUGUGAUUACAAGAAAAUAUGAUUGGUUGAAGAACACCCUCAGAAUAAGGUAA